AUGUCUUCGAAACCGGCGACACCGCUCGAGCAGCGCCGUGCGUAUCCUGGCGAGAGUGAAACGACCAGGAUCCCAAUGCUCUCGCCGCAGCCAUUCCGCCGGUCGUACUCAUUGCGUAUGCGCACCAGCCGGAGCUUCCAUGACUACCAACAUUAUCGAACGGAGUGCUGCGAUUGCGAGCAGCAGCACCAGCAGCAGCAGCUGGUCAACCAUCCGAGCAAUCUGGUCAUGCAAAGUUCGGGUGUAAAGACAAAACCGUCGGCCGCCUCGUCGCCGCACGGUGCUGGCGGUAGUGCCAACAACAUCGGCAGCAAAUCGAUUCCCCACGGCCAUCAGCACAACCACCAUCAGCAGCAGCAGCAGCAGCCAUCGCAGCAACGUUCACCAAUGGCGAAUGCGAAUCCUGCCACGGAGAACGUCAUCGACGAGGUAGAUUCAUUCGCCGUCCAGUCGAGCACCGGAAAGGAUGGCACCACCGGCGGUGCGCUUCCGAACGGAGUGCUAGUGCACGGUGGACACAGUGAGGGUUCGUGCGCCAACUGUCUGUCCCCAGUGCCGUGUAAAGCGAAAGGAGGCACGCCAUCCCAGCACCAGAAGCAGCAACACCUAACAAACCUGAGCCAGAAGCAUGAGCGUGGAAUGUCUUUGAAUCUUACCAACUCUGGACACAGUAGCAGUAGUCAAAGAACGCCUAGAACACCGCUUACGCCCAACGGAGGACCCGGAGUCGGAUUGCAACGCACCGGUGGAGUAGUAGGAGGACUGAGCCCGAAGACUCCGCCCGUCUCGCCGGAGUCGCCAGUCAACAGCUAUCUGGAUGACGAUCUAGACUCGCUGCACAGCUACAGCUCGGUGGCGAGUGGUAUGUCGUGCGAUCAUCCAUACGUGGCCCGCAACGGAACCACGUUCAGUGGCCGCAAGAUGAAGUACGUUGUGCACUGCUCGAGCCAUGCAGGGCAAACUGGGGGCGACUAUCUGACGCCAACGCAGCGUGCCCAGCGGCAGAUCCGUCGGUUGAAGGAGCUCCUGUCGCAAGCACGCUGCGACCUGGAGCAACGGGACAGCGAAAUUCUGCGGCUCACGAAGGAGGUGGUUGAGUUGCGACUGUUCAAGGCAUCGCUCAGUUCGCCGGAGGAGCGUAGCAACUCGAGCGAUGCGGUGACGGUGCGGGAGAACACGACGAAUGACGUGAAUACGCCCAGCUCGAGUCAGGACAUUUCGCCGAUCGUUGAUCAGAUCGACGAGGGUGUGGUGAAGGCGAGCCCGAGGCACCACCACAGCCAUCACAUGCAGGCCGGCAUCCACCAGGUGCAGUUCAUCGACAAGCUGUCGACGUCGGAGAUGCAGAGCUCGUUCGCCGACUCGGGCCACUUCGAGGACAUUACGACGUCGUCGAUACACUCGAAGGACUCGUACGUGCACACGCAGGACCGUGCGUGUGGCAGCGACGAGGACAUGGACGCGGAGAAGAAGCGCCUGAUUGCGCUGUACGAGGAGCGCAUCGAGGAGCUGAUCAAGCAGCACCAGACGGAUGAACAGCAGUUGCGCACUUCCAACAACGACCGGUUCGAGGUGUUGCUCCAGAAGCUAGCCGAGUCCAACACGCGCUACUGUGAUCUGGUGCCGGACUACGAGCAGGCGAAGGAACGCAUCCGAGAGCUCGAAAAACAGUUGGAAACUCUGCAGGCGCAGCUGGCCGAGCAGGAGGACAAGGCGAACAAGAUGUAUCUGCACAUGUACACCAAAGGCCAGGAGGCGGAACGGCAGGAGCAGGCGGAUCGAGUCAUCGACAUGGCCCGUGCUUCCCCAAGCCGUGUCUCGGUCCCGGAACUGAUGCAGCAGCUUCAGGUCACGCAGGACGAACUGGAAAACAUUAAGGAUACGAACUAUCAGCAAGAAAACGGCGGUACGCAGGUUUUACUGAGCGCAAAAGAAGCGAUCUCACUCUGGCUUCUCGGUGCCCGUAAGACCAUGUACAAGCGUUUGAUUGACGCACAGCAAACGAAAAAUAAGGUCGAUCCGGAAGUGACGCUGCAGUUUCUGAAGAGUGCGAUCUACUACUUCCUGACGGACAAGGAAAACUCCCAGGGACACCUGAAUGCGAUCGAAAGUAUUCUUGGUUUCUCCGACGCGGAGCGUUCGAAUAUCGACAAGGCACGAGCGUACAAGUAGAGAGGUCACUGGAGUAAAACACUUGCUAUUAAUAAUAGGAAAACCCCUAGAAGAAAAAUAGGUAAAGCAUUAAUAUAUGUUUUAUCCACUUACACACAAGCUAGUAGAAACAACACGGAUACACUUGUAGAUAAGAUUUUAACGUUCUAUGAAAAUGUUGAAUGAAUUUAAACGAAACAUAAUGCUCGAUGUGAACUGAGAGACCGGGAUAAACAACGAAAGGGCCUACGAGUAAGGGAAUGCGAUAGUGAAUACAACUACAGAUCAGUUAUAAUUAGAUGAAUAGACUAUUUAGAAACAAUCUUCAUCCCUGGUACUUACGAAAAUUAUGCCGAAUUUGGUAAAAAAUGUGAUGCUAUCGUUUCGGUUACUUCUUCCCGUGCUUGUGAACCAUUUGAAGUUUAUGAGCUUAUGAGUUUCGUCCAGUUCCUUCCCUGGUGGCUUAUUAUUUAUUUGUAAAUGUUAGCGGUAUCAUGUCUGAAUCGGUUCGAGCCGAUAGAUUUUAUCUUUUCCUACUUUAGCAAUAAUUCACAAGAAAAAAAAUGUAUCUAAAUAUUUGAGUUGGUCCCUUUUAAGCUUGAGAUACAUAUUCCGAAUGUUAUUACUUUACUGUUCCCCUUAUGGCAAAGAGGGAAACAAAACAACCUACCAUCCAUGCUUGUGCUGCUUUAAAAGGAAUAGACAAAGAUGAAAAUGAAUAGACAGUCUUACACCAAACCGCUAAACAGAAAAAAGCUCUAAACUUAGCCGCUUGAUGAUAAACAUUAAAUAAUGCGUACGUCCAACUGAAGCAGCUUUCAAUGCAUUAGAUAAGUAACGUAGCUAUCACCAAAUACAAUCUAUCCCAGUGAAGAUGGUUCUCCUAGGCUUAUGAGGUGGCCGAGGGUGUUGUUAAAUGGUUACAGGAUAAAAGGACAUUAUUUACUGUUUACUUUGCGCAUCAAGAUGAGCUAUUUUUUAAAUGUACAAGAUAAAUGGCCUCUAAUGGGGAUAAACGGUUAGGUCGUUGACACGGCAAUCAAUGCUCGGGCUAGUGGUGCUUUAACAGAAAGGUUAGAAGAAAAAAACCGAGUUUACCGGGACUGAAUAUUCGCUUCGAAUAGACAAACCGUGCGACGUGCAAUAGUGCCUCUGAACGUGCAUACCGAGCAGAAUAUUGCGUGCUUCGUUGUGGUAAAUAGAAGCGAUCGUAACAGGAAAGUUAGGGAAAAAAUAUGCAAAGCUGUUCCGUGCGAGCUUCGAGAGGGAAAGCGUGCAAAGAUUGAUAGAUAAAUAUACGAGUAUUCUAAUAAAACAACCGACUACCAUUCGAGAUAUUCUUAUAACACAUGUGAAAAAUAAACGAAAAACACAUUAUUGUUGCGCAAAGGGGUAUUACAAGAAUAUUGAUUC